CCCUCGCGUCUCGACCGAACCGAUCUGUUUCUGUUCGUCUUAUGUUCUUCUUCUUCUUCUUCCCUGAAUUUGCUCAUUGCUUAAAAAAAGGAUCAAAUCAAAAAUCUCUCUCUGGAGAUUUGAUUUGUCGUUGACUCCUUUACCGCGAUUCUCUCCGCAACUCGCCGGUAAACCCUAACUCUGUCAGAAAAAAAUAAACCCUAAAAUUCGCCGCUACGGAAAUUAGCUUCGUCGUCUCCUCUUAGCAUUGUUUUUAUUUAAACGCUGGUUUGUUGAUUUCAGCUUAUUGAGAGAGGAUAAGGCAACUAUGAAGCCUGGUCUUCACUCGACUUCUUCAUCCAAUGGAUUUCCACACAGAAUGGUUGAAAAUGAGCUAGGGGUGAAUAAGGCACAUCCUUCUGUCAACAAUACAGAGAACGGUGGGGAAGCUGGAAGUGUGGAUACCCCUUCUCACGAGCUGUUAUUGUAUUUCACAACUUGUAAGAUUGGACAUCAGGUAGAAGUUCACCUUAAAAAUGGGUCCAUUUACAGUGGCAUAUUUCAUGCUGCGAAUGUGGAGGAGGAUUUUGGAAUUAUUUUGAAAAUGGCAUGCUUGAUUAAGGAUUCACUUGGAACAAAAUCCCGUUCUUCGCUUGUCAGCAAGCCACCUUCAAAGCUACUCAUUAUCCCUGCUGAAGAACUUGUGCAAGUUAUAGCUAAGGACCUUCCUAUAUCCAGCGAUAACUUCUCAAAUUCUGUUCCGUCCGAGAAACCUUUAGAGCUGUUAACAGACUCUCUGAUAUCACAGUUUUAUAAUGUUGAUGUGGAAAGAGAGCUGAAACCUUGGGUACCUGAUGAAGAUAUUCCAGACUCUUCAGAUCUGGAGAAUGUGUUUGAUGAUCCUUGGAAGAGGGGCUGGAAUCAGUUUGAGGUCAAUAAGACUUUAUUUGGAGUAACAAGCACUUUUGAUGAGGAACUGUAUACCACAAAACUGGAGAGAGGUCCUGGAACGAGGGAGCUAGAAGAGCAAGCCUUGAGGAUUGCGAGAGAGAUUGUGGGUGAGAAUACCCGAGACCUUCAUGUAGCAGAGGAAAGAGGACUCCAGCUUAGUGGAAAGUUUGAUAUUGAUGAGGAAACCAAAUACUCAUCGGUCUGUACGCUGAAUAGAUUUGAUGAUACAUGUUACGAAGAGGAAGAAGAAGAAGAAGAAGAAGACAUAUUGUUGGAUUGCUGCAACAAUUUGACUUUUGGUGACUCAUCUGCCUCUGAUGGCAAGAAACCUGUUUCAACUGGCAAGGUCUGUGAAGGAUCAUGGGGUGACAGCCGGCAAUUACGGAAUAGCAAAUUCAUAGACCAGAGCUGGUCGAACUCAAAUAAGCAUACUCUCCCGCUUAUGUCCGAACAGCCAUCCAAAGAUUUUCCUGUUGGAGGAAAUAUCAGGAAUGAGAGCCAGCUUGGUGAGCGAAGAACCAGCAAAUUCCUAGGAGCUUCCCAUUAUAAAAAGCCAUCCGAGGAAUCAGUGUCUGGUCUUGAAGAUAUCAAUGAAGAUGCACCACCGUCUGUGAGGCCAAGUUUCACUGAUGGAGGACUCUUUCUACUCUCGGACAGAUCGAAAUCUGAGACCUCCUCUGGGUGGCCUGGAAGCUCCAUCUCUAGAAAUUCAGAAAACUCUGCAUCUUCCCCAGCAUCAAAUCGUCCAAUACUAUCACCAAGCUCUUCAAUUGGUUCUUUAUCUUCAGAAAAAUCUACACUCAACCCAAAUGCUAAGGAAUUUAAACUGAACCCCAAUGCAAAGAGUUUCAAACCAUCUCCAUCAGCUACUACACGUCCUCAAUCUCCAGUCUCAGACGGGUCAUUGUAUUACCCUCCUCUUCCACCGAUGCCAGGAUUACAUCUUCGAUAUGGAAUGGGAGCAGCAUUCCCUGGACAACAACUUCCAAUGAUGUAUAAUAAUACAACACAGCUUGGUCCAAAUCAAACAUAUUAUUCUCAAAAUGGUCCACAGUACCCACAACAGAUGAUGGUUACUCCGCAGAGACCACUCUUGUUCAUGCCGCCAACGCCGUACCAACCGGAAAUGCCAUAUAAAGGAAGAGACUCUUAUUAGCUUUUGUUGAAAACCACCAUGAAUGGUAGUGGCACAAGGUCUCUCGAAUAAUCCUUCUGAUGGAAUGAGUUCCAUUAAUUUCAUUUACUUUAUUUUGAUUUCAAGCACCGAAUCUUUUCAUUUUUUAUUAAAUUAUUUUGAUUUUUAAAAAAUUGAUGAAUGGGUAUGUAUGAUGGUCCCUUUGUGAGGAGAAUUUAACAAAACACAUUGUGAUGUGAUGGUGAUUUAGUUGUGUUUAGGUAUUAGACUAGAUUUUACAGCAGAUUCGUGCUGAUCUCAUUUCUUUAUUCACUUGUGUCUCCAUUCAAACUUUAACGUUAAUCUUUAGAUGUAUGACAUAUUCUGUGUUUGA